AUGCACCCGACGAGAGCUCUUUUAGCGAAGAACAACUUGCUCAUAUGCCUCGACGCAUUUGGCACGCUGUUCAAGCCCACGCAACCAAUUGCUGCGACAUACACUCAGGCUGCUGCUAAACACGGAAUCCAGACUGGCGGCGCGGAGAAUGCGCAACAGGUUGGCAACAAUUUUGCAAAGGCCUUCAAAGACGAAUCAGCACGUAAUCCGAAUUAUGGUAAACGUACGGGGCUUGGUGCGCAGGCAUGGUGGGAAAAUGUCAUUCGCAGUACAUUCACGCCAUUCUUGAAGCCUGGACAAAGCGUACCACCAGCGUUAACUACUGAACUAUGGCAACACUUUUCAACUGGAGCUCCCUACAGCCUAUACCCAGACGUGAAAGACUUCUUCCUCGAAUUACGCAAGUAUAAGGCUACUGGACCCACGGAAGCACUUCCUUGGAAAUUCGAGAAGGUCGUGGUGGGCAUCAUCUCUAACUCCGAUGACCGCGCAGUCAGCAUAUUGGAAGGUAUGGGCCUGGACAUUAGUCCAAGGCGUGUUGGAAAAACAUCCCCUACUACCACACAGAAUUGGUCUCGGAAUGAUAUCGAUUUCGUGGCACUCAGUUACGAUGUUGGCCACGAAAAGCCGGACCACCACAUCUUCGAUGCAGCCACGUCUUUAUUAGACAGAGACGCUCGCCGAGCAAGCAGAAGGACUGCGCGCCAACGAUUUCGAGAAACUGUACUUGGGCGAUGAUCUCGAGAAGGACUAUUUCGGCGCCCUAGCAGCAGGGUGGUACCCAGUGCUGAUAGAUCGAAAGGGCGUGAUGGAUCGGGCCAGGGGUUUUCGCUUCGGUACGGUAGGCACGACCGACAAGCAAGGCGAGGAGGUAAAGGUAUCGAUGGCUCAGUCUUUACUUGAUCUUGAUAGAUGGGAACCAAAAGUUCCUGAAAAGACAACGAUGGCGGACAGAAAGCGAUGGUAGAUGAUGCGUAGGUGGCAUGGUGCCAGACAUGGCGUUUUACAUCCAGCAUGUCUCACUCAGGCUCUUUCUUGACGUCAACGGAUGGCCUUCGAAGCUCCAAAAUAUCAGACAGCUUCAC